CCUCCACGCCCACCUAUGAUUCAUUAUUUCCUUUUCAAAACCCCACCCAUACUUGAACCUGUGCUUGUCACUGCAUCAACGACUCGCAGUUAUAAACUGGAUUUUUCCGUGCUUUCCCCAGACACGCAAUCACGUGACCGACCGCCAAAAGACGUUACAACAGUAAAUUUUGAACUGUGGAUCUGCUUUAGAGAGCCCAAGGACAAAGAAACUUCGUCAGGCUGCACUGCAGCCGCAGCUACAGCACACAAUACGCUUUGGCUGCAUCAGAAAAAAGGCAAAUGAUCUCCUAUGGAUGUGUGUGGAAAGUGUGUGCUCAAUUCGACGGAAGGACAAACUGAACAUUCUGUCGUGGAUUCUGAAACGAGGGACGGUGUAGCUUACGAUGCACCCUGACUGGAUGUCUAAUCAGUGACCACCAGCAAAGUAAAAGUAAAUGAUUUUAUAUUUUAAAAAGAGUCAACGGAACCUUACUAUCAUGCAUUCUGCUAAGAUCAUGAUGGUGAAACUCAGUAAAUGGCGUGCUUUGCUUCCGAAGUCAAGUAUUGCACUGUUGCUCAUGCUGUACGUGAAGCUUCGUUUGAAACUUCUCUUGGCCAGCACCUUGAUUGUUUUGAGUUUCAUGUUCCUUUUCUUCACGCCCUGCGGAGAUACAUGCGUGAGGGAAGCAAAUAUGCAGCUCAACACUUUCCAUCAGAUCUACGCUGUUGACCCAAACUACAGCAGAUCAUUUCUACCUUAUUUGGAAGGCAUCCACUACACUGACUUCACAUGUUACCAAACAAGGAACGAACCGUACGUGAACCAAUACCUCGAGCACAAGCACUUCAACUGUUCGACGAGAAUUGGCAGCCCUUCAGUGGCUCCUAAAAGAAACCAGCUACCUAACCUUCUAGCAAGCGUUUGUUCUAUACCGCCGAAGAGGAGAAUUCUGACUACUCUGAGGACUAACACGACGUUACCGGAAACUAUUUCGGACGAAACCGGGAAGGCCUGCCUCAAACAGUAUAUCAACCAAAAUUGUCAAUACAGUAACUACAAGGUCCCUAACAUUGUGCAUUAUGUAUCUUUCAGAAAUUCAUAUAUGGAUUUAAGGAUGUUCAUUGCUCUUUACAGCGUGAUAACUGUCCAGAACCCCUGCUUGAUUUUACUGCACGGUGACGUAUUGCCGGCUGGCCCUUAUUGGGAGAUGAUAGCGCCCUACGCCACUCGAUUUGUGCACGUCGUACGACAUCCCCAGACCCACAUCAACGGCAAGCAGAUCGAGCAUGUGCAGAACAUGGCUGAUAUUGCUCGUCUUCGGAUACUGCUAGAGUUUGGCGGCAUCUACCUGGACACAGACUCCGUCCUCCUCCAGCCUCUGGACGUCUUUCGGACCGCAACGUUCGCCGUCAGCCGAGAGAGUACCCAGGACACCAUGUCCAACGCUGUGAUGAUCGCUUCACCAAAUAACACGUUUGCUCGGGUUUGGCUCGGCGAGUACGCAUCGUAUGAUGGCUCUUCCUGGGGUUCUCACUCUGUAGUACGCUUGACCGAGCUAGCUGGACGACGGCCUGAUCUAGUACAAGGCAUGGGCCCAAUAUUCAUUCGCUAUGGCUAUAAAGAAGUAGACAGACUUUAUGAGAAAGAAUGCAGAUUAGGCACCGAUGACUUUGGCAUUCAUCUCUAUCGGAAAAAAUACCCGGAACAUGCUGAUCUGGAAUAUAUAAAGAGGGCGCGCUCGACGUUUGCUCGAAUAUCUCGUUACGUACUAUUUGGGAAUGGCGUUGUCUGUCCCUAUUCAUCCUCGACAAGAUGAGGGCCAAUCUGAAGUAGAUGUACUUUGUUUGAGAUGGCGUGUACAUUCUUUAGCUGGAUAACUCGGUAUGACCUGUUUGUGAAUGGCACUGCUCGCUAUGCAUUGUUUAGGAAUGGCACUGUCUGUCCACAAUCCUCGACAUAAUGAGAGCAGUGCUUCGAGUCUUCUGUCGGCGUUUACCUCGGUCUAAUCCUUCUGCUUUCGAGUCCAAGUCCUUCAAACAUGUGAAAACCAGUUGCCUCGAUCUCGCUAGAUUUUAAAACGGUUUGCGUGCCACUGCGCAAUCAGUGAAUAGCGCUGUGAACAGUGAAUAUUAAAUAGCAGAUGUUGAAUAGUAUUCGAAUAGGACGAAUAGUGGCUUCUCGUCUUUAAGUAUCAAUGGAAUUCUAUUUCAUCGAAAUUGCACAGCACUACAGGGCACUGGCGUUAUGGUAAGACCUCUUGAGAUAAAUCAUCGUAUAUUUUCUUCCAACAUAUCGUUAUUGUUUAUAAUUCCGAAGAAUAUCUAUGACUAUUCUUUUCAGAUGUCAUUGAGUUGAAGCUGUUUAGCGAAAAAGACAAUGACUUGCUCUUAUGAAAACAAGGAUAUAUGGUUUUAUUUGUUCAGUGUUGACUCAAAGUUUAUUAUAGGGAAAAGAAUUCAAAACAAAUUUUAGAGACUUAAAUGUGUUUCAUAAAAUCACCCGGCCCUGUUCGGACUUCUAGACCUGACCAUAUAUUGCUGAUCCAAACCAAGCUGUUACACAAAUGAGCACAGAGCAUCCAUCUUGUGAGGAGAUGCAGGACUACAAAUCUGACAGAAACAGUUUUGAAGAGAAGCAUUUCCAGCAGCCUAGUCGUCUGGGUCAUUCUGGCCUUGCCUUCACUUUUUUGGAGAGAAUGUUAUCCACUCACGAACCGUGAGUUAGAUCAGUCCAGCUACUAGAUUCUCCUCUCAAGCCACCAGUUUGCCGAUCAGUGCAGUCACACAUGAUGAUGAAGUCAUUAAUGAACGGUUGAAGCGUUCAUACUCAAACAAUAGCUUACGUAUGAUUUUUCCUGUUCCCCCAUUUUUUUAAACUGCUUAAUUCGGUAUAAGUUCUUCCAAAUGCGACUCUGGAAAUUACAGAAUCAUGAUGUUAAAGUCAAGCCUAAAAAUGUACGUAUUUGCAUUGGGAACUUGGAGGGGAAAAAACAACACUAUCUGCCCAGUGCUUCGAAGUUUAAAGACCUGUAAUUCAAAAACGACGGUUAGCGUUGUUUUGGGGGUAUUUUAGGACACUGUGUUAUAACUAAAUCACUGGACACGAAGAAGGAAUCGGGAUAGUCAGGUUAUUUCAAUACAAGUCUUGAUUAUUUAAUGUCUUACACUGCUCUCGAAAACAUUCAUGUUUUAUUCUAUGUACUUAGAUUUCUUAUGAAACCCUUAAUCUAACUGCUGUGCCAUUGUUAAGAAUGAUUUGCGACCAUAUUCAUCUUCCAUGGAUUUCAAAUUUUUAAUCAGUGCGCUAUUAAAAGUGUUUGUACAAAAUUAGUUUAUACCGGGUGUCUU